GUUGUGGCCGCUUUCCCAAGAAGGGUCAGGCAGAUUUACUGCAUUCGCGAUGGCAAGGCGGGCGCUACGUCUGAUCAUUGUACCGGGAAGGCCUUUGAUUUUAUGUGUUCGGAUGCUGGUGGUGUCCCUACCAAGUCUGGCCGCGAGAUUGCUGAGUGGGUCAUGAAUAACCGGAGUACCCUCAACCUCAAGUACGUUAUUUGGGGUCAGAAGAUCUGGAGCCCGUCGAUCGGCUCGGUCAAGAGCUGGACUUCUUGGAGGACUAUGGAGAAUCGUGGCUCGAUUACCCAGAACCAUUGGUAA